AUGCGCUCAAAUGAGAGCCCGCGGGAUUACUGGCGAGCACUCCUGAAAUCAGGAGAUGAACUUGCUGAUGUACUUCCGAUUAUUGCAAUCAAAAUGUUCUCUGCGGUUCCUAUUUCUAUGGCAGACGAACACACUAUGUCCACCAUCACAUGGUUGAACUCUCCUCGUCGCGCUAAUCAAAACCUUGGGACACUUCAAGAUCACAUCAAAAUUCGACAGUGGCAUCGUUACAAACCUGAGAAUGCAAAUCCCACCAAAAAAUUGCUUGUUCGAUGGCGAGACAUGGACGAAACUAUUUUCCACAAGCGUACAGCUUCAGACAUGGAUAUGUCUGAAGACCUUCCACUCCCUGGACUCCGUCCACCUCAACCAAGACCCUUCAACUCCAAUCCACCCAACGACGCUGAUGAUCCCAAAUUUCCCGAUGAUGGUGCUGAAUGGCUGAACGACGAGCGAGGACUGGCGAGCGAGUUUGAAAAA